AUGUUGACUGCUCAGUUCGCCAUAGUAACAGUGCUUCUGUUACCUUACUUGUCUGUUGUUGCCAGACAGAGUAGAGAAUACUAUUCUGCCGAAUGUAGUCCCUCGUGUCAGGUUAGUGAUCAUUAUGAUCUUCUCUUUCUUCCCAAAAGGUUCGUUCUAUUUGGGUAUGAGUCGUGCAGAGUGAGUGAACAAUGAGCAAUAUAAUAAUAAUUUCAGUUCAGUGACUGAACAACAAGUUGAAUAAUUUUACUCUUCAAGGCGUAGAAAUGCCUGGAUUCAGCAAGAUCAACAGUAAAAUGUUCCGAUAUCAAGACAACAAAGAUCCAUUUACUGGUUUAAGACCAAUGAGCCAAUAUUUUUUAUUUCAGUUUCGGACAAUUAUCCUGUGUUUUUUUAAAAUGAGUUUGAUCAAUCAACUCCAAACUACUAACUAUUGAGCGUUAAUAGCCCUCUUAAAUGUAUGUAACAACUUAGAUUAUGAUUCUAAAUUGUCUCUUGCAAAUGGGCAUUCUCUAGAACAUUCUUUCGAGUAUAAAAUAAUCUAUUCUUUAAAUGUAUAAACGAAAAUGGGCCUGAUUGCAUCUCUAAUUUUUUUAGAGCAUCGUAAAACCCAUUAAACUCAAAGGAAUAGUGGUCAUAAUCUUGUUUCACCCAUCUAUCAUACUUGGCAUUAUCAUGCAUAACUCAUUUACUUACAAGAUAUCGCAAUUGUGGAGUAAGCUCCUGUCAUAUAUUGAACAAUCAACAAACUUGAGUGACUUUUACAUGAAGUGAAGGAUAUUUGAUUUUUCACACUUAAAGGCGAGCUGCAAAAUGAAUGUAGCCAUUAGAUAUUUCCAUUUGUUUUAGCAUUAAAUUUUUCAGAAUUGUGGCCAGUAUUUUGGUAUUAUAUUUUUCUUACUGAAUGCGUCUUAUACAUGAGCCUCUGGCACGGAUACACAAAGAAACUUGAUCCCACGCAUUGACAUUAAUAAAGUGAUUAAUUAAUUGAUUGACUGAUCAAAAAAGAGCGGAAAAUCAUUCAGAUAACCCCUCUUUCAUAUCUUUAUUGCAGUUUCCAUUAAUGAUUUUUUUAUCAAUUUAUUUAUCCAUUUUUUGAAGGUAUUGGUCAUAAACCUGAUAUUGUUAUCUUCUAUUUGCGCGUAAUUCACAAUUAGAGAGGUUGCAUGACAAUUGGAAUAAAUUUUCCCUUACAUCAGUGAUUGAUAUGCCCAUGAGUGAAACCUGAAGCUUUCCUGAAGAGAUAUUAAGCAGUACUCGCUUUUCUUUAUUUCACUUUAGUGUUCAGACUCAUCGUCAUCCUCCAAGAGAGGCUGUGGUCCAGGAGUUCCAGGAAUUCCCGGGACACCCGGUGUACCUGGGACCCCAGGGGUGAAUGGUUUACAAGGGCCAGCAGGCACAAAAGGCGAGACAGGAAGCACUGGUCCUCAAGGCCCGCCCGGUCCAUUGAGUGGUAGUUGGAAGCAGUGCGUUUUCAAAAGUAUAAACAAUGGACAAGACAAUGGCCAAGUCGCGGUAGGGAUACGUUAUUACCGGAGUGAAUGGGCGUUUUGUGAUAGCUGGUUACCUGCUCAAUAAUUCGAAAACAUACCGUCGAAACUGCAUAUAUUAAGAGAUCAUAAGGGUUUCAGAGAAGGAGGCUUCUAGUCCAGGCCUUGAGAUAUGUCAAUUUCAUUUAAGUUUUUUAACAAUUUUCCGUGAACGCGUUGGAUAUGAGAUUGUAUAUAGACAACGAGGCGCUUAGCGCCGAUUUUGAUAUGUCCAAUCACGUACCCAGCGAGCUCCGCAAUUAUCGUUGGUGCAAUGUAUUUUCAUAUCAGGUGACUCAUAAUAUGAGCUGAUAACUGGAGUUGAGUGAACCAAUUAGAAAACUAGAAAUUCAAUAUUCGGAGUUAUAAGAAACUUCGGAUAUUAUGAGCGCUGUCAUUGGUUGAAAAACCGUGUUAUUUGUUUGAGUAACAAAACUCGGAGCUGAGCUAAAGCUGUCACGCCAUCUGCCAAUUUGUACAAUAUCCGACCAUUUCUCGGACUUCUCCCGAGCUUUUUUCGUCAAUCUAAACUCGGAGAAAUUUCGGAACAAGCGAGCCGGUAAGUAGCAACAGAAGAAGCAAACGAAGAUUUAUCAGGAUUUCAAGCGCCUUAAUUGACGUUAAUAUAACGCGAGCAGAGACCAAAAUCACCAAAGAGAAAACGAAAUAGACUGUGAGGGUUUUGAAGGUUUUCACGCUCAGUUAGACUGUAGCCUACGUACGUUAAUAAAACUCAAACACAGCUAACAGUCGUAUGGUACAUAUAUAGUUUUGUGUAAUUACACAGAAAAAAGAGGAAUUAUGAAAAUAAUGACCAAACUGGCCUAACUGUUAAAAUUUAUAUAAAUCGUGAUGUGUCAGAGCGACUGCGAUCAUGCGACGUAUCCCAGUCAACGCCCUGAUUUUCCAUCUGUCUCCUUAUGAUCUCUUGCAUAAAUCUAAGAAGUCAUAUUUACAGAUUACGUUUCAUUUGGCCGUAACGCAAAGUUUAGGUCCACACUUAAAGACAUUAUGAAAUCUUGAGAAUUCAAGACAGAUUUUCGCUAACUAUCUUCAAUAUUUCCCUCACAAAUAUUUCUAGCAAUGUGUUUUCAACAAGGAGUCGGACGAUACCGGGUUGCGCGUUUUCUGGAAUGGAGAUUUUCGCAUUUACAACUGUGAUUUAUGCUGUAAACGGUGGUACUUCACCUUUAACGGUGCAGAAUGCACCACUCCUGGCACCAUCGAAGGUCUUCUAUAUCUUUGGAAAGGCAAAGAUGAGGAAAAUAUCCACCGUAUCCGCCAUAUUGAAGGUGUGUGCAUGAACGUUGCCAAAGGCCAAGUCACAGUGGGUUUUUCGGUCGGUAACUGCCAAGGUUAUGGAGACGCUGAUGCCUUCACUGGCUGGAAUUCACUUGCCCGAAUCUAUGUGGAGGAAGUACCACCUCCGCAGGCUUAG